AUGUCUUUCGUUAGAACCUACCGAUUCCUUAUUGGUGCGGUGGCUUUAAUUAUGGUCAUUUUGUUGAUCAGAACGUCAAAUCCACAUAUUGUUCAAACGACUCAAAAAGUAGAUUUCCCAACCGAUGUGGUAAGUCAAGAUACCACUGCGCCAGCACCUUCCUCAUACGACAACGAGGACUUAAAGUUAAGUGUAAUACCAGAAAAGGAACAAUCAUCGUGUAACAAAAAACACCAGUAUGUUAUAAUGAUAGAUGCUGGUUCAACAGGUUCCAGAGUUCAUAUCUACGAAUUUGAUGUCUGUACUUCUCCACCAACUUUAAUUCAUGAAACUUUUAAAAUGCUGGAGCCGGGAUUAUCUAGUUAUGAAUCAGAUGCUAUUGGUGCAGCCAAAUCCCUAGAUUUGUUAUUAGAUCUAGCUAUGGAAACUGUUCCCGCCGACCAAAGAGGGUGUUCUCCAGUUGCAGUUAAAGCCACUGCUGGAUUAAGAUUACUAGGUGAAGAAAUGAGCGGAAAAAUCUUGGAUGAAGUUAGAAACCAUUUGGAAAAUGAUUAUCCAUUUCCGGUCGUUGAAUCUGAAGACGGUGUUGCUGUGAUGGGCGGUGAUGAAGAAGGUAUUUAUGCCUGGAUUACUACAAACUUUUUGCUGGGAAAUAUCGGGGCUGGGGAAAGAUUACCUACAGCCGCUGUUUUCGACUUGGGUGGUGGAUCUACACAGAUUGUUUUUGAACCAACUUUCAAAAACCCAAAUGAAAAGAUGGUUGACGGAGAACACAAGUACGAACUAGAUUUUGGUGGUGAAAAAUAUACAUUAUACCAAUUUAGCCAUUUGGGUUAUGGUUUAAAAGAAGGCAGAAAGAAGAUCAACUCUUUGUUGGUGGAAAAUGCUCUCAAAAAUGGAGAUAUUACCAGUUCUAAUAGUAAGGUUACUUCACCAUGCUUGCCACCAGGGGUUACUGUAGAAGAUGUUAAGGUCACAUUAGAUGAUGAAAGCAGCUAUACCGUUACAUUUACUGGUCCAUCCACUCCUGCGGGCCCACAAUGUAGAUAUUUAGCCGAUAAAAUUUUGAACAAAGAUGCUAAGUGUGAAGUUCCACCAUGCUCAUUUAAUGGUGUACAUCAACCAUCAUUGGUCCGCACUUUUAAAGAAUCCAAUGACCUAUAUAUUUUUUCAUAUUUCUAUGAUCGUACUAGUCCAUUGGGGAUGCCAUUAAGUUUCACUUUACAAGAAUUGAACGAUUUAGCUAGAAUGGUUUGUAAUGGUGAAGAAGUUUGGAAGAGUGUUUUCAGUGGUAUUGAAGGAAGUGUCUCCGAAUUAAAAAAGGAACCUAACUGGUGUUUAGAUUUAUCAUUUCAAGUAUCCUUGUUACACACUGGCUAUGACAUACCAUCUCAAAGGGAAUUAAGAACAGCCAAAACAAUUGCUAAUAACGAAUUGGGAUGGUGUUUAGGUGCUUCGUUACCUUUAUUAGAAGGCACUAAUUGGAGUUGUAAAGUAACUGAAUUAUGA